UAACUCUACCUCACACACACACACACACACACACACACACUGAUAAUCGUUCUGUCACCAUGUGGAAUAACAGCAGUGAAACAAACACCACCUCUCUGGCUGGGAGCCACAGUGUCAUCCAGCAGUCUUUGGGAGUGACUUUAGCAGUCAUGCUCGGGCUGGUGAUUUUCUCCCUUGGCUGCUCGGUGGAGGUGAGUAAGAUCUGGCUCAACCUGAAGCGCCCAUGGGGUGUUUUGACGGGGCUGUUGUGCCAGUUAGUCAUGAUGCCCCUCAUUUCGUAUCUUCUGGCCCUGGGCUUCUCCGUGCAACCGGUGCAAGCCGUCGCCAUCAUCGUCGUUGGAGCCUGUCCUGGAGGAACCAUUUCUAACAUCAUCACAUACUGGCUGGACGGAGACAUGAACCUCAGCAUAACCAUGACAAUCAUGUCCACUCUGCUGGGACUGGGCACCAUGCCUCUGAAUCUGUACAUUUAUUCCCGCACAUGGGUGAGCUCAGGGAGGAUGGACAUCCCUUAUCUGAACAUCGGUCUGGGGUGUAUCAGCCUGGUCGUCCCCGUGGCUUGUGGCUUGCUGGUCAAUUACAAGUGGCCCAAAGUUGCACUAAUACUCUUGAAGGUGGGAUCGAUAUUCGGAGGCUUGGUGAUGUUAGUUGUUGGGAUCGCUAGCAUUUUACUGUACGACGGCUUGUGGAACACAGACACGUCACUCCUGGUCAUCGGCGGCAUCUUUCCUCUCAUCGGCUGCAUCGUAGGAUUCGUCGUCUCCUUCAUACUGCGUCAGCCCUGGAACCGGUGCAGGGCCAUUGCCAUGGAGACGGGAGCUCAGAACAUGCAGAUCUGUGGCACAGUCCUGCAGCUAUUCUUCCUUCCACAUCAACUGUCGCAAAUCAUCACACUUCCUAUUAUGUACAGCAGUUUCCAGCUGCUGACGGGUCUGCUGCUGAUCAUCACUUAUCAGAUUUAUAAGAAGACGGCGUGUAAGAACCUUUUUAUGACCUCAGAGGAACAAAACCAGCCUGAGGAACCUGCUCCUACAGGAGAAAUCAACACGGCGUUUGAGAAUGACACUUUCUGUGAACCUCGGAGGAACACUGAAGAACAUCAUGUCACACGAUUGUAAACGUCUCCUGUCUGAUGACUCCUGGAGGCUUCAUGCACUGUAUAGAUCUAUUUUUUGUGUUGUUUUUUUUGUUGUUUUUUUCACUUGAUAAUCACUGAGGAACUUUGUGUUAAACUUGUUUGGAUUUUUAUUUCAAAAAAAUGCAGGUGAAGUUUUGUUUUAUUGUUGUUUAAACCGGGGGGCACGGUGGCUUAGUGGUUAGCACGUUCGCCUCACACCUCCAGGGUUGGGGGUUCGAUUCCC